AAGGGGCGGGCUUUCUAUCUAAUCUUUACAAAAUGGCGACUGUUGUUGUUUUGCUGCAGGGUCAGUGAAUUAAAUCCGCUUUUCGUUUCAUUAAUUUUCUGUAUUAAUUUGCAGAAACGGCACUCGAAACAUCCGGCGCUUAGUCUUGACUGAAAUGAAAGGUAAAGAGCGGUCGCCGAUUAAAAAGCGCUCCCGGGCCUUGGACGAUAUUCGAGACAGGGGAGGAUGCCACCCGACCAGCAAGAAAAUGGGGGCUAUCUCCGUCUCCAGUGGGAGUAAUAACGGAAAUAGCUCGACCAAAAGUGACGGUGGCUCGACGAGAAGGAGUCUACUUGGUGAGAAAAGAGAGAGGGAUUUCGACAGCCAUAGUCGGACUGGAAAUAAUCAUAGUUGUCAGUCUGCUGCCGCGAGCUCCUUGGGUAAAAACCACAACCUGAGCCUGACGCUGGAUUUAGUCCCGCAGCGUAACACUUCACGGGGGGAGCCACGAGUCCAGCCGCCCAGCACCGAGAGUGAGUACAAAACCCUCAAAAUAAGCGACCUCGGCACCCAGCUGAGCGAUGAAGACAUUGAAGACGGACUCUUUCACGAGUUUAAAAAAUUUGGAGAUGUGAGUGUCAAGAUUAGCCGUAGCAACGACGAGCGGAUAGCGUUUGUGAAUUUCAGGAAGCCGGAAGACGCCCGGGCUGCGAAGCACGCCAGGGGGCGGCUGGUGCUGUACGACCGGCCGUUGAAAAUCGAGGCAGUGUACAUUAACAGGAGAAGAAGCCGCUCCCCCGUGGAGAGAGACUUGUACGGUGCAACCCAAAGCCAUAGACAUUUACAGAGACCCCUCUCUCCCACGGGGCUCGGAUACAGAGACUACCGGCUGCAGCAGCUAGCCCUGGGACGGCUCCCCCCACCCCCACCGCCCCCUCUGCCCAGAGAGUUGGAGCGGGACAGGGAGUUUGCUCUGUUUGAAGCCAGGGCACGUCCAGCCUUCAUUGCAGAGCGAGCAGCUUUUCGUGAGGAGGAUUUUAUAGCUCCAGAAGAUGACCAAAGAGCCAACAGGACGUUGUUUUUAGGCAACCUGGACAUAACUGUCACUGAGGCCGACCUGAGGAGAGCCUUUGACAGGUUUGGAGUAAUUACAGAGGUGGACAUUAAAAGGCCUACACGAGGACAGACCAGCACAUAUGGAUUUCUGAAAUUUGAAAAUCUUGACAUGGCUCACCGAGCAAAGCUAAGCAUGUCUGGCAAAAUAGUGGGCCGCAAUCCCAUAAAGAUAGGCUAUGGGAAAGCAACUCCCACCACACGUUUGUGGGUGGGUGGACUUGGACCGUGGGUUCCGCUGGCUGCCCUGGCAAGAGAGUUUGAUCGCUUUGGCACUAUCAGGACAAUUGACUACAGAAAGGGGGACACUUGGGCCUACAUUCAGUAUGAAAGUUUGGAUGCUGCUCAGGCAGCAUGCACACACAUGAGGGGCUUCCCUCUCGGAGGUCCAGAAAGACGACUGAGAGUGGACUUUGCUGACACUGAGCAUCGCUACCAGCAGCAGUUCCUGCAGCCUCUUCCAAUACCACCUUUUGACAUGGUGGCCGAGUCAUUUGUCCACCGUGCUGCACCUGAACCACUCAGGGUCAGGGAACGGACUCCACCGCCACUUCACUUUAGGGAAAGAGAACUAUUUCCUGGAACUGAAUGGCCCACCCCAGCUAUUCGUGAACGAGUACGGGCCUCACCUUUUGAGCCUCUUGAGCACUUGGAACGUGAACGGCGGGCACGGGAGCCCUGGUCUCUGGAACGAGAGCUUCAGGGACGAGAACCUGUACGUAAGCGGCGCGUAAUGGAGGAUGGACGUCAUAUUGAUCACUCCCCAGAGAGCAAUGAGAGGACAGUAAGGCGCAGACGCAUUUCUCCAGAUGGUAGUCCUGGAGGAAGCAGCAGAGAUGGAGGCCGCUUCAGUGACUCAGAGCGUGCUGUGCGGGGCGAGAGACCCUCCCCUGCACGAGAACGCCAUAGCAGCCUAGAAAGGAGUGGAGCAGAAAGGAGACUUAAAACCCAGAGUCUCUCUGACAAAGCUUCUUCAAGCAGCGUUGUUUCAGCAAUUGGAGAGCGCAAACGCAAAGCAGGUGAUGGCAGUAAAGGGCCAGUCAAGAGAGAACGUUCUGAGAGCAGUUCUAAGGGGGGCCAGCUGUCCAAGCCGGACGGCACCAGACUCAGUUUGGCCUGGCAUGGUAUGCUGUUAUUAAAGAACAGCAACUUUCCAGCCAACAUGCACCUGCUGGAGGGUGACUACAAUGUAGCCAGUGAUCUGCUCGUUGAUGGCACAACAGGGAGGCAGGUGAGCGAGUUGAAGAUAACCCAGCGUCUCCGUCUGGACCAGCCCAAGCUCGACGAGGUGUCCCGACGCAUCAAAGUGGCAGGUCCCGAUGGCUACGCCAUUCUACUGGCAGUUCCUGGGACCACAGAGGAUACAUCUUCAUCUGACCCUGCAUCCUCAACUCAGCGUCCGCUUCGGAACCUGGUGUCCUACCUCAACCAAAAACAAGCAGCAGGAGUCAUCAGCCUGCCCGUGGGAGCGAACAGGGAUAAAGACAACACAGGGGUUCUUCAUGCUUUCCCUCCCUGUGAUUUCUCCCAGCAGUUCCUGGAUUCCUCUGCCAAAGCUCUGGCUAAAAGUGAAGAGGACUAUCUGGUCAUGAUUGUGGUUCGUGGAGCAGCUUAACAAUCUGAACACACUAAGUUCACGUCAUGUUAAAAAAAAAAA